AUGUGGACGCCAGGGAAACAUGUCUUCGUCCUGCUGUUGACGUUGGUGUCGACCCUCCGGUGCCGCGCGGACACGAUAAGUGAGUUUGCGGAAGACCACGACGAUGACCACAACCAUGAGAUCCUGCGCGUUCUCCCAGAUACGUACAACUGGACUCACAGACCCAGAAUUAAAGGUCGCUGGCUGGACGUGACGUGUGCAGCACACCUUCUGAGCUUUGGAGCAGUGUCUGAACAAACCAUGGAUUUCGAGGUUAGCCUUCAGGUGGCCCAGGAGUGGCGGGACCAUCGGCUGGCUAACCUGACGCAGAACACCUGGCUUCCCGUGGACUCGGGUGUGCAGGUGUGGAAACCUCACGUGGACUUCGCCAACACCAAGUCUCUGGACAUCGCCACCGCAGAGGAGGAGACCACCAUGUGGGUGUCACGGGAAGGCGUGGUCAACCUGAUUGUCAGGUACGACAUCAAGGCUUCCUGUCAGAUGUCUCUCCACGCCUUCCCGAUGGACCAGCAGACCUGCCACAUCAGACUGGACGGAUUUGAUGACACUCGUCUCGUGUGGGGGUUACCUUCAUUGAUGACGAUGAACACAGUACCUGUCAUUUCCGAUGCGACUGCCUUCCACUCUCAGUUCAAGUUAGCGGGAAUAACUGCAAAAUCCUACGUCACGUCGUUUCUACCAUCUGUCCCUGGUAAAGGUUGCACGUUCUCCGAACAAACUUGUGACUACGCCGACUCGGACGCCUGCCAAACCAACACGAAGCUGUGCGCGGAUGAUGCCGGGUCAGAGGAGUGUGAUAACUGCCUGUACUACACUGGCAUCUGUGGGAACGUCACAAAACCGUGUGAUCUGUUAGGAAAAGGUGAUAAAAGCACAUACACAUCGUUAGAGAUCCAGUUCCACCUGUCGAGAAGGUUUGCCUACCAUCUCAUGCAGAUGUACGUGCCCUCCACCUUCAUCGUCAUCAUGUCAUGGCUCUCUUUCUGGAUUGAGAUCGGUGCAGUUCCAGCCCGAGUCUGCCUCGGCGUCCUCACAGUCCUGACCAUGACCACGCAGAGCUCACGCAGCCACGCCAUGCAGGAGGUCUCUUACGUCAGAGCUAUCGACAUCUGGAUUGUUGCCUGUCAACUAUUUGUCUUCACGGCUUUAGUUGAAUACGCCGUAACAUACAGAUGGUGGCUUACAGAAAACAAGGGCAGACGUAUCAUCAUCGACAUGGAGGAUAAGCCGACCGAGAACGGCGCGUCACCAGAGCACCAGCCAAUAGAAAUCAGUGGCAAAUGCGACAGCUGCAACUUCGUGCCCACCGCUGCCCAGAACAUCGACCGCGUCUGCAGGAUGGUGUUUCCUUCAUUGUUCGUCAUAUUCAACAUCACGUAUUGGACCGUCUAUCUGUCAGCGUAGCCAGCACGACACAGGAGCACCGGGUGCCUGGAGAGACAUCAAAAUGUCACCAAUAACUCUUCGGCAUGUUCGUCGGCAACGUUUUGAGUUGUAUGAUGAUGAUUCAACUAUAUCAUUGUUGUAAUUUGGACAGAAUCACAUACAAGAGUCGCUACUGAUUGAGUUAUGAAUGCCAGAAACUCAGUUUCCCUCUGACAUCAAGCCAUGCUCCCGUGCGGAAGCCUUUAUUCUGAGGUCGAUGUCUUCACCAAGGAGCCAGGCGUUACCGGAUUCGCAGGAUGUUAGAUAUUGUGCUCAGCCCAAGGACGUGAACAGCUCAAGGAGGUCAAACUCGUUAAGGUUGUUUUUGUGCCUAUGGUACUUUUUAACAACGCUUUUUUGGUCUAUGAUACAACUUACCAUACGUGCAAAGUGCGGGCGACUGUGUGCAUCAAACUUUGGACUUGAA